ACUUAAAAGUGUUUCUUCUACCUGCAAGUUUCUUUCAUCUUGAGCUAAACAUUAAUACAUAUCUUACAAUGGGUGUUAUCAUGGUUAAUGAUUUGAUCAAAUCAACUAAUCUUAUUUAUGUACCUUCCGAAUAUGCAUUCCCAGCAAAACCCGAGGAUCUCCAUAUGUUGCCAGAAAAAGAAGUAGAGAAAGUUACUAUUCCCGUCAUUGAUUUCUCAUUCCUCACUUCCGGUUCUCUGGAUCAACGCUCUAAAAUCAUCGAAGAUCUUCGAAAUGCAUGUCAAGACUGGGGAUUCUUCAUGGUGGUGAAUCAUGGAGUUCCCGAGAGUUUGAAAAAGGAUUUGAUCGAUUUGUGCAUGAAUUUCUUCGAUCUGAGUCCAGAAGAAAAGUUGCCUUAUCGGGGAAAAUAUGAGCUAGACCCACGGAUUGUUUUGGACCAUGAAACAAGUUUUGACAAUACCGUCGAUAACGUCUCGUUUUGGAGAGAUCAGUUUAGGGUGUUCGUACAUCCCGUUUUUCAUCCUCCUCAUAAACCAGAAGGUUUGAGUGAGGUUCUAAGUGAGUACAGCAAAAGAUCAAGGGUUAUAAUGAAAGAAUUGCUUAGAGGAAUAAUGGAGGGGCUAGAAUUAGAUGUAGAUGACAUUGAAAAUUCACUUGAACUAAAAUCGGGUGAUCAAAUCUUUUCUGCCAAUUUUUACCCUCCUUGCCCACAGCCAGAACUUGCCAUUGGUCUGCCCCCACAUGCGGAUCACGGGCUACUAACCCUGCUCAUUCAGAACGAUGUCGACGGAUUACAUAUCAAGAACAAGGGGAAAUGGGUUGCUGUGAAUCCAAUACCCAACUCCAUCAUGGUUAACACCGGUGAUCAUAUGGAGGUACUAAGCAAGGGAAAGUAUAAAAGCGUGUUACAUCGAGCUGUAGUGAACAAUAAGGAAACAAGGAUUUCCUUGGUUAUGACAAACGGAUCAACAAACGAAACUGCUGCUACUUAAGGAACAAUAACAAGACACCAGAUAAAGUCAUGGAGAAAAAAAUGACUUAUGGUACUACUCGUGCUGCAUCUCUGAAAUAUUUGUGUUUGAAUAUGUUUCACUUGCUUUUGUGUUCAAUAAAUAAAAAUAAUGUGUGUAAUGGAUUGGACUGUUAAGGGUUCAAAUAAACUAAAUGUGUAACCGGGCUUGGAGGGGAAACUGUUGUUGUAACAUUAAAGGCGUUGGAGCCUCGUGUGUGCUAUUGUUUUAAAUUGUAUUGCAAUGUAUUUCUAUGUGUUCUAAUACUGUGUCUGUGAGUCAUUUUCGAUUA